UUUCUUAAAAUGAGUUAUGAUAGUCUAGAUUUGUGUGUGUCUUUUAGUAUUCCUAAAAGUGCCUUUUAGUUUCUCUAUGAAAUUAAAGAGUGCAUUAAUGUGUAAAGAAGAUGACGGGUCAUUUGAGAGCCUAUAAAUAUCUAAUGAUUUUAUAAUGAAAAGGCAAGUCAAGUUGAGUUGAAGUUUCUACUUUUAUUUGAGAAGAAGGAUUUCUUCUUGCUCCUAUCUCUUAGGUAGAUUUCCUGUGAGAGAAGAGUGUUGCUCAACCAUUGUGUUGGUGGAUUCCGCAUAGUGGUGAGUGUGCUUGAGUUCGACGUGGUGGAUUCUACGACGGGUCGAGUAUUUAUCGUGUUAUAUUUGUCCUAUCUCCGCGUUCCCUCUAAGUUCCGGCGUCAGUUUAGCUUGCAGUGGUUCUGUUAGCCGUUUGUUCGACAGAUUUAAAAAAGGACCAAAAGAAAAAAGUGGAAGACAUCCAAAUAUUAUAGAUAUAGACCCAAUGGCAUUUCCACACUCAGAUGCUCAACAGCAGCAUAUAGAUACAAUGUUAAAAAAAGAUAAAAAAGGUAGAAUUGGUAGAGCAAUAGCAAAAUUUUUUCACUUUAGUCAUAUUCCUUCCCAUGCAGCAAGCACUCCAUAUUAUAGAUCAAUGAUUGCUACCAUACAAAAAGAAAGUCUAGGAGUUGAACCCCCAACGUCGUAUGAGAUCUCUGGCAAAUACCUUGACGCCGAGGUCAAUAAUAUUCAUGUAUGGGUAAAAAACUUGAAACAACUGUGGGAGAUGUAUGGUGUGACUUUGAUAUGUGAUAGUUGGACAGGACCAACAAAAAUGAGCAUUAUAAUUUUUUUAAUUUAUUAUAAUGGCAAGGUGAUCUUUCACAAAUCAAUCGAUGCAACCAGUCGAUUUGAAGAUGCUGACUAUAUAUAUGCAUUAUUGGAACAAGUGUUAUGUGAGGUUGGUAAGAAAUGUGUGGUACAAGUUAUAUCGGACAAUGGUGCAAACUAUAAGAAAGCUGGCAAGCUAUUAAUGCAAAGGCAUCCACAUUUAUUUUGGACUUCUUGUGCAGCGCAUUGCAUCAACCUAAUGAUGUCUGACUUUGGUGAGAUAAAUCGGGUGAAAAAAACUAUAGAUACUGCACAACGUAUAUCUAAGUAUUUGUAUAAUCAUCUUUGGAUCCAUGCUUUAAUGGUGAAUUUCACAGGACGAGAACUCGUACGUCCUGGUAUCACACGAUGUGCAACAAAUGUUAUUGCUCUAAACAGUAUCCUUCAAAAUAAAAAUGGAUUAAAGUCCAUGUUUGCAUCAGAUGAAUGGCAAACAUCUCGUUAUGCCUCCACGGCUGAUGAAAAAUCGAUUGAGCAAAUAAUUCUGUCUGCCAAGUUUUGGGAUUAUAUGAAAGAGAUUGUUGAUAUUGUGGAGGCGCUAUAUGUGGUCCUCCGUUUAGUGGAUCAGGAAAAAAUACCUCAAAUGGGACAUGCCUAUUAUAAACUGAGGAUGGCUAAAGAUAAUAGUAAAAAAACUAAUCCGCUAUGGUGUCAAUCUUUUCUAAAAAUUAUUGACAGACGUUGGGACGUCCAGAUGAGCCGGGAUCUACACCUAGCAGGUUAUUAUCUUAAUCCGUCGUACCAUCAUUGUUAUAAUCUUGGAUUCGAUGAUGAACUGUUGAAGGCAUUACGAAACGUUAUCAAUAGAUAGGAGAGGGAUCCAACAAAUGCUGCUCUUGCAAUAAGUGAGGUAUAAUAUUUUUUCAAUGUAUUAUUAAUUUGCUAGAUGUUAAUAUGCUGAUUUUUUAUUAUUAUACUAUCAUAAUAAAGGAAAAAAUAUUUCGUGAAUCCUCUGGAACUUGUAGUGAAGCGCGUGCAAUUAACGGAAGACACAAUACCGAUCCCAGUAAGUAACUCCAUAAUUUGGACAGUUUACAGCUAACGAUAAAUCUUAUUUGAUAUAUUUUUAACUUUUAAUUGUACAGCUGAAUGGUGGUUACAAUAUGGUGGAUCAGCAAAGCAUUUAAAAAAGAUUGUUGUGCUUGUCUUAUCUCAAACGACAACGUCUAGUGGAUGUUAACGCAACUGGAGCACGUUCGCACUGAUACAUACCAAAAUGCGUAACCGAUUAGCGUACGCUCGAUUAGAGAAGCUAGUUUAUGUCCACUAUAAUAUAAGGCUCCGUUUAAGAUGCAUGCAAGAGUAUGAUAAGGAAAAUGAAUUAAAAACUUAUGAUUCCUUGGAUGCAAGUUUUAUCAAUGAUGAAUCAGACCCCGUACUUGAUUGGCUACAAGAUAGAGAAAAUCAAGAGGACCCAUUACUCGAUGAGCCUGUAGAUCCACCACGACCAUUCAGAAUAAUUGCUGAUGAAGCAGGAAUUAGUGAUGUUGAAAGAUGGGCUGACGAAAACAUAGGAAAGUCUCAAGGUAAUGUGCAAGAACAAACGGCUUUGGACGAAGAAUCCCAAAAUCCUGCACAUGACUCUGCUGCAGAAUUCGAGCGUCUUAUGCAAAGACCUGGAUAUGGUCGUUCACGUCAUACUCAG